AGAAUUUAUUUCUGAGUGAUUCUUUUGUUUCAUGCAAAAAUGCAUUGAAUGAGAUUAAUUUCAUCAAAAUUGGGGUAAGAGAGAACCAAAUGCAUUAAUGAUGGCAUGUGUAACAGAGAAUAGAUCUGGAGUAGAAUUACUACCAUGCAGCUUCAGAUUUCAUAAUUUUGUUGUCAAAGUCAGUGAUACUAAUAUUAAUUGCCAGAUAAUAAGAAUGAAAGAUUCUUUAUAUCUGUGGAUUGGAGAUUCUAUUAAUGGUAGCAUGGAAGACUUGUCUUUUGCUCUCACAUCAAGUUUUGAGAGACAGCCUAUUGCAACCAAAAUUAUAGGUUCUAUAGCAGAUGCUACAUCUACAAAUAUGGCUAAGAGAUUAAGCAUGAAGCUUGGAAAAGCAGUAUAUGUUAGUUUUAAUAUAACUCCAAACAAUAUAAUUUUACCUGGAAUUGAAAGAAGAAUUCAAGAAGAGUUCAAGGCACAUACAGAUCUCUAUUAAGUUUUCAACUUUGAUUAUUGAUUUAUGCCUGGUUUACAUCGUAAAAGAAUUGGUAUGCGUAUUAAAUGUGUUUCAUGCGUUUACAUCGCCAUUUGUAUCAUUUGAUACCCGUAUCAGUUUAGUACGAUACUCCUGCUUGAUACGCUCGUACAAAAAUAAUCCGAUAGCAUUUACAUCGUGCGUACUAAAUGUUUAGUACGAAUUUGAUACGAAUAUAGUACCUGAUACGCGUAUCAAGUGCACUAUGUAAACCAGGCCUAUGUUUAAAUGAUAGUAAAUGUAACAAAAAAAUAUCCGGAGUAGAGUUGCUACUAUACAGCUUCAAGUUUCAUAAUUUUGUUGUCAAAGUCAGUGAUACUAUAAUUUUAAUUGCUAAGUAAUAGAGAUGAAAAAGAUUCUUUGUAUCUGUGGAUUGGAGAUUCCGUUAAUGGUAUCAUAGGAGACAUUUUUAUGUAUCAAGGUGAUCAAAAUUGAUGUUUAAUAUUUGUCAA